UUUUCCAUAUGCGACUGCUGCAGAUUUGCGUACAUAUCCUCGGUGGAUUCUAUGUGAGCGAUAAGGCGAUGGAUAACCUGGUCCUUGCGUUUCAGAGCCUCCUGAAAGAAGGACUCCACAUCGACAAUCUCGCGGCGCAACUCUUGUAUUUUCACCUGACGCAAAAUGCUGCGCCAUUCCUGGUUGAUUUUUGCCAUGUUCAAGCGACCAAAAGCAUCCUCCCUUUUCAGUUUGUUCUAUUUAAAAAGGAAAAGAGACCUGACAGACUUUGUUAUUUUAAAAUUCACAGAAUAAUACCUUCAUGUACAUCGAAAUAAGCUGCAUUUUCCGACGUCUGGUCUCCUCCUCCAUGUCGGCCCUCAUUUGCAAAUACCGGGCACGCUCCUCUUCGGACAUUUUGGCCAAUUUAUUGCCUUUUCCUUUACCCUUUUUGCCCAUGAUUUCGUUUUUUAUUUUUUCCCGAAAAUCAGCUUAUCAAAUUUCAAAGGCCAAUCGCUGACUAAUUAAGCGAGCAAAAGCCGCGACUCGGAAAAUAAAUAACAAUUUGAUUGCCGGCGUUGCCAUGACAAGAUUCACUAGCCCACCCACCAACUCCACAUUAGUUUGCCCUCCGUUGCCAGGUUUGUUGCCAUAAUAAUGGAUGCGAAUUAAAUUAAUGCGGAACAUUGCAAAACGCCAUUAGGGCUGUCCAUCAAAGGGGAACCAUUUGGCAUAUAAAACGGUGGAAAAGCGAGGCUAAAUCGCUGGAAGCUGUCAUCAUGCUGAGAACUGGCUUUGUGAUUUGUGUGGUUCUAACACAGCUUUCGAACGAACUCUUGGCUAUUCGUAUACACUGCCGCCACACGGACAGUGUUCAUGAGGAGAACAUUCACCAUUGCUGCCAACAUCCCGAUGGUCACAACGAUGUCACAAAAAUGUGUGCCAAGAAGACCAACUUUCGACUGCCGAAACCCGAUGAGGAGGCCAUCGAGGAUGUGACAGUGGACCAGGCGAUGGUCGGAACCUGCUGGGCCAAAUGUGUCUUUGAUCAUUACAAUCUGAUGGAGAAUUGCACCCUGGAUAUGAUGAAGGUUCGUUCCUAUUACAAAAGGUACCAUACAACGGAUCCGGAAUAUGAAACAGAAAUGCUAAAUGCCUACGAGAGAUGCCACUCAAAGUCUGAGGAUGCCACCGAACAGUUUCUGUCGCUGCCAAUUGUCAGGGCCUUUGCCACCUCUAAGUUCUGCAAACCAACCUCAAGUAUUAUUAUGUCCUGCGUUAUCUACAACUUCUUCCACAACUGUCCGAAAAGUCGAUGGUCGAACACCACUGAGUGCGCGGAAACUUUGGCCUUUGCCAAGAAGUGCAAGGAUGUGCUGACAACAAUGUAAAAAUAAAAUUUCUAAAAUGGUACUUAAAAAUGUAAUAUCAACA